GUACCCUUCUUGUACAAUUCGGUAUCAAACUCAAACCUCAUCCGUUCUAUCAAUUCACUCACAGAAACAGAACCAAUAACCAAAGCAGCAAAAAAAAAAAAAGGUUCAUCUUUUCCAUCUCUUUUCUCUCCUUUCUUACUUACAUCAAAAAACCCAACAAGGAUAACAUCAACGACUGAUAAAGAAAACAGUAGGCAAAAACAAUGGUGAUGUUGGCAAAACCAGCAAUUGAACAGUUCUCUUAUAUCAGAAACAGCAGGCCAACCGCAUUGUUCCCUCAAAUCCCUGUUGUAGACCUCUCAAAACCCGACUCCAAACACCAGAUAAUCAAAGCCUGUGAAGAAUUUGGAUUCUUCAGAGUGAUCAACCAUGGAGUUCCAAUGGAUUUCAUGUCCAGGCUGGAAUCUGAAGCCACCAAGUUCUUCUCUUUACCACUUUGUGAGAAAGAGAAAACAGGGCAACCUAAGCCUUAUGGCUACGGUAAUAAAAGGAUUGGACCGAACGGUGAUGUUGGUUGGGUUGAAUACCUUCUCCUGACAACCAAUCACGACCCCAACCUCCUAAGAUUCCUUUCAGGUGAAAACCCGGAAAGCUUCAGGUUUGCUUUGAAUAAUUACAUGUCAGCAGUGAAGAAAAUGGCGUGUGAGAUACUUGAAAUGAUAGCUGAUGGGCUAAAGAUUCAGCCCAGGAAUGUGUUCAGUAAGCUGCUGAUGGAUGAACAGAGUGACUCUGUUUUCAGGCUUAACCAUUAUCCUCCAUGCCCUGAUGUCCAAUCUUUGAAUGGUAGCAAUGUGAUUGGAUUUGGAGAACACACUGACCCACAAAUCAUUUCAGUGCUAAGAUCCAACAACACUUCUGGCCUUCAAAUCUCUCUUAGAGAUGGGAGUUGGAUUUCAGUGCCACCUGACCAAUACUCAUUUUUCAUCAAUGUUGGUGACUCCUUACAGGUAAUGACCAAUGGAAGGUUUAAAAGUGUGAAGCAUAGGGUAAUGGCCAACGGUGUGAAAUCCAGGCUUUCAAUGAUAUAUUUUGGGGGACCACCUUUGAGUGAGAAGAUAGCUCCAUUGCCAUCUCUGAUGGGGGGAGAGCAAAGCUUGUACAAAGAGUUUACAUGGUUUGAGUACAAAAAAUCUGUUUACAAUUCAAAGUUGGCAGAUAACAGGCUCAUGCACUUUGAAAGGAUAGCAGCCUCAUAAUGUAUAAUGAAGUCACAAUCUUUUAAUCUUCUCUUCUAGGCCAACAAUCAUUAUGUUUUUUUUUUUUUACUAUACUUGAAGAAAAAAGAAAAUAGGAUUAGAGAGAGAGAGAGAGCUUGGUAUCAAAUUCUCCCAUAGUUGGCAAGAAACUGUGUAAUCUUUGCUCUUUUCCUUUUUGACUUUCUUCCUUGUUUCUCCCCAGUGUAACUAUCCUCCUCUUUGUUAAUAGUACAAAUUGUGAUUCCCAUCA